CCCUAAACCUCUCUAGCCACAGUCCCAGCCGUUCCCUCAUGUUCUGUCACUGGUCUCAGAGAGCAGAGAUCGGAGCUGCCUCUCUGCUUCCCCUCACGAGGAAAACUUUACACUGCGAUGAGGUCUCCUCUCAGUCUCUUCUUCUCCAGGCUGAACACACCAAGUAACCUCAGCCGCUCCUCCUAAGGCUUCCACUCAAGGCCUUUCACCACGUCCGCUGCGCUCUUUUGGACGCUAACACCUCAGCAUCCUUCUUACAUUGUAGCGCCCAAAACUGCGCGCAGGACUCAAGCCAUGAGCUCCGCAGCGGCGGCGCCGAUCUUUGCCGAGGGCGAGGACUGCAGGGCGGCCUGGAGGGAAGCCAAGGCGGGCUACGAUGAGCCCGAUGCCCACCUGGAGAUCCUGGGCAAGCCAGUGAUGGAGCGCUGGGAGACCCCCUACAUGCACUCACUGGCCACCGUGGCUGCAUCGAAGGGUGGCCGUGUGCUCGAGGUGGGGUUCGGGAUGGCCAUCGCUGCCUCCAAGGUGCAGGAGCUGGACAUCGAGGAGCACUGGAUCAUCGAGUGCAACGAGGGCGUUUUCCAGCGCCUGCAGCAGUGGGCCAAGGCACAGCCACACAAGGUGGUGCCCCUGAAGGGGCUGUGGGAGGACGUGGUGCCAACGCUGCCGGACGGGCACUUCAGUGGGAUCCUGUACGACACCUACCCGCUGUCGGAGGACACCUGGCACACGCAUCAGUUCAACUUCAUCCAGGGCCACGCCUUCCGCCUGCUGCGGCCCGGAGGGGUCCUCACCUACUGCAACCUCACCUCGUGGGGGGAGCUGCUCAAAACCAGCUACAGCGACAUCGAGAAGAUGUUUGAGGAGACGCAGGUGGGGCCGCUGCUGCAGGCGGGGUUCAGGAGGGAGAACAUCAGCACGAGCGUGAUGGAGCUGCAGCCGCCCCGCGAGUGCCGCUAUUACUCGCACCCCAGGAUGAUCACCCCCACCGUGCUCAAACACUGAGGGGCACAGCCCGGGGCAGGUGCUGAUCAGGGGGAGAAAGGCUCAGAGCUCCCUGAAAGCCCCUGAGAUCCGAGCUGAUUCAUGCAGAGAUGGGUGGAGGUUUGGGAUGGAUUCCAGGGGACAAAAGGAUGGGAAACUCCCAUCCUUACCCUGCUCUCACCCUGCUCUCACUCUGCUCUCACCCUGCUCUCACUCUUCAAAUUCUCAAUUAAGCUAAAAUUUCGGUGGUUUGGAGCCUUGGGUUUCAGAACCAGCCAUUUCCCCAAAAAAUUGGAUCAUUUUGAGAAAUCACAGGGUGGCUUCCCACAAGAAUCAAAUAAUCCAAACCAAGUGGGAGAAAUGGGGCAGUCUGAGGCAUUUUGAGGCAUUUCAGCUUCUCCUGAAGCACCUCCCCAGGGAAACUUCCCAAUAUUUUCAGCUGAAGCCCACAGCAGCAAAUCCUGACCCCAACACCCCCUCAGAGCUCAAUGAGUGAUGUUUCCUGUCUCCCCAGAAGGGAUAAAGUCCAUUAAAAGGAAUGAAAUACCCAAA